AUAUGUAUGUAUGUAUCUGAUUCGAACUCAAGACUUUCGUUAAAUUUUUUUUUGCAAAAUUUUGUAAGUCGUAUAAUGUGGGGUUCGAGUUCUUAAUGAACAGGGUAUGGUUAAGCGUAAUAUAGUAUUUCUUUACCACAGCCUCUGCCAUAUCAAGACCAUGGUGCGUGCUGAAGAAGCACAUCCUUCCCGAGGUGAUCCUGUCAAGUCGGCGCUUGUCGACUUUAACUGAACACCAUGGAUCUAGAGAGGAAAACUCGAUAAAACCCGUAAUCUCCGGUGUUAUUCGACCCGUGCCCGUGAGAUGAAUGGCACUACGUUAGUGUGUCUUCGAACGGAGACCUUCGGAUAACUGGCGCCCUCCGAUUGUAACAUAGCCUUGUCCAGGUAUGGCGGAUCUCUGCCCGGAUCGACUUAUUUUUCUCCGCAACUCGUGGGAUUAAACAUGAAUUCAAAUAAUGUAAAAUAUAAUAAAAUAAUUAAUAAUACAGCUGGUCGUUCGGCAUAUCUAAAUUCUGUUACUUCGGAUAAUCAACCAUCCUAUUCCAGAAAGAUACCUACAGCGUAUACAAGUAGAAAUGAAAGGGAGUCACGCGUCAGGUCCAGACGGUCGGGUGCUAAUUCACGGAAAAUUUAUAAUGACCGUCGUGCAGCUAACAGACUGGUCGAGAGAUUCAAUAAUACGCCGUAUAAUCAACUGUCUGAAGCAAAUAAAUGCAGCCUUGAUUGGGCUAGAAAGGUGCUGGAAACAGCUCCUAGCACUGAUAAACGGGAAUCUGGAACUAAGCGCUCAUUAGUCGAGUCAGUUUCAACGCCCGAAGUUAAAAAUGUACAAUUUUCUGGUAAUUCUACUCAAAAUAGGCCUUUAUUAGAUCAGCCAAACUCAAAUUCUGAAGCUAAGAAGGCAAAAUGUAGUAAUUCCAUUCAAAAUGAGCCCUUGAGUGAUAUAGUGAAGAGCCAGAUAACUAUUGCAGUCAUCGAUGAUAGUGACCCUGAUGGCAAAAUCACACAUGAAAACUGGAGUUUAAUAAACAAAAAACUUAUGGAUUUAUACCUUGAUUUAAUGAAGGAGUAUCCAGGUAAAACUCCCUCCUUUCGUGAUGGUGGAUGGUUCCAGGGUUAUGUGAAACUAAUCGAUUGUGCGGAUCAACGUUCUGUUGAUAUUUAUCGCAUUGCCAUCUCCAGAUUGGGUGAGGUCUGGCCAGGCGCAAAACUCAGAGUUGUUGAUAAGGAUCAAAUUCCUUGCCGACCAAGAGCGCAUACCUGGGUACCGGCCGAGCCGUCCGACCCUAGAAAGAUACUAAACUUAAUUCAGUUGGGUAAUUGGGGAAUUGGUGCCCACACUUGGAGGAUCACUAAGGUGGAGGAACCAAAAGGACGUUAUAGAUGGGUCAAUCUUGUGCUUGACAAAGCAUCAUUGGUUCCCUUGGCACGAUCUGGUGGUGUUAUAAAUUACGGUUUCUCAUCUAUUAAUAUAAAGGUCUAUAAAAAGGAUCAGGAGCGAUCCUAAUCCGACUUUUAUAUAAUUCCAAUGGAAAUAUCGUAAGAUGUUUCUAAUUUUUGAAUGAAAAUCGAAUGGAAAACAUCUGCUCUUCAUUCUCUGGUUUCCUCUUUUUCAUCAGAAGUAAGCAUGAGUACAUGUCAUCUCCAUGAACACAUACUACUUUCGUUCAAGAAUAUGUCUGCAAAAUUAAUGCUCUCAUCACACUAGCGGAGUUAAUUGACUUCAUAGGCAAAUGUAAUGAUGACAUGGGCGUAUCGAAUUAACCGGUAAUGAUGCGCCUUCCAGGUUGCAACAACGCCAUUACAAUGAAGGGACAAAUAUGGUUUUUAAGCCAAAACCAUGGUCUUAUUGUAAUUUUGUAUGCUGGCUCCGAACUUAAAUCUUCCAAUUUAUACAGCCAGAAAAGUAAUGAUUAUCAGACUGCUAUAAGCUUUUAUGACCAUCAGACACUUCCGUUAAAUAUUCUGAAAUGGCGGGUCUAAAAGUCUGGUAGAGCUGCUAAUAGGCUAUACAGAAACAUUUUUUCAAUGUGGAUGGGACAGCAUAAAUACAAACGAACGCGGUGAGUUUUUUGGGUUUAUUAUAAAAUAU